AUGAGCUCCCCGGUGCCGCCGCCGCCGCCGGUGCCGCCGCCCCCCCCCGGCGCCGUCGCCGGGCGCGCGGCUGCGGUCGCUGCACUGGGAUCCGGUCCCCGCCUGGCGGCUGCGGGGCCGCCGCUCGGUCUGGGCCCCGCCGCCCGCUCCGCUGCCGCCGCUGGACCUGCCCCGGCUGCGGGCGCUGUUCCGGGAGCCCCGCGGGGCCGUCCCGGGGCAGCGCCCGGUGCCCGCGGCAGCGCUGCUGGAGCACAAGCGGAGCCUCGCCCUCGGCGUCUUCCUCAAGCAGCUCAAGCGGUGAGCGGAGGGCCGGGACCCCCCCGCGCCCCCGGGGCCGGUCCGGGGGUCACCGGUGCCCAACGUCCCCCCAGCCCCGUCGAGCAGAUUGUGAGGGACAUCGAGGAGGGCGUCGGGGCUCCCUAUGGGGCAGAGAAGCUUCUGGAGCUGUCCCGGCUGCUGCCCAGCGCCGCGGAGGUCGCCCGGCUGGCAGCGCACCCCGGCAGCCCCCAGCAGCUCCCCGAGCCCGAGCGCUUCAUGGUGCUGCUCACCCGGGUGCCCAGCUACGCCCAGCGCCUGGAGCUGCUGGUGCUGCAGGAGGAGUUCUCGCCCCGGCUCCGCGCCGUCCGCGGCUCCAUCCAGACCCUGGCGGCCGCCAGUGCCGAGCUGAUGGAGUGUGAGGAGCUGCACCGCAUCCUGCACCUCAUCCUGAGCGCCGGCAACCACCUGAACGCGGGCGGCUACGCCGGCAGCGCCGCCGGCUUCCGCCUCGCCUCGCUGCUCAAGCUGCCCGACACGAAGGCAAACGAGCCCGGCAUGGACCUGCUGCACUUCGUGGCCAUGGAAGCUGCCCGGAUGGACGGGACCCUGCUGGAGUUCCCGGACAAGCUGCGGCACCUGGGCCUGGCCUCGCGCAUCGACGCGGCCGAGCUGGAGCGGGAGCUGCUGCUGCUCGCGGGGCGGCUCGCGGGGGCGCGCGCGCUGAGCGCGGCCGCGCCGUUCGUGCGCGCGGCCGAGGAGGAGCUGCGCGCGGCCCGGCGCGCGCUGGAGCAGCAGCAGCGCGCGGCCGCCGCCACGCUCGAGUUCUUCUGCGAGGAGGCGGCGCCGGGCGCGCUCCCGGCGCUCUGCGCGCUCCUGCACCGCUUCGCGCUCGCGCUGCGCGCGGCCGCCGGAGACAACGGGCGCCGUGCGCAGGCGCAGCUCCGGCGGCAGCAGCUGGAGCGCGGGAAGCGCCACUCGAUCGCCGGGACCCCCCCGGCUCUGAGCCCCUCCCCCCCCCACCGGGACCCCCCCGGCUCCGAGCGCGGCCCUCCCCAGCGGGACCCCCCCGGCCCCGGCUCCGGCCCCAGCCCCGAGCCGGCCCCGGUUGCUGCCGCCCCCCGGCAGGGCUCGGCUCUGCUGCGGCUCCUGCGGCGCCUGGCGGCGGGGCCUGGCCGCGGGGUCCCCCCCAGCUGA